UUAUUUGUAGGAGCUGCAAAAUGACUACAACUCCAAUAUUUACCGUAAUGUAAAUUACAGAAUAUUUCGCGUACAAACAUCUGCUGUUGACUUUCAUCGAUAAAAACCAUUUGAAACUAAGCAUACAAAGCCACCCGGACCCUUCCGGGGCCAACAAUUCGAAUAGUAAUGCGGCGAAUUUACUGAAUCGAAAUUAUUCCACUUCCAUUUCCAAACAAUCGAUCGGGCAUAAUUAUACGACACCGGGGGUCGCAGUGUCAACACGUCCAUAAUCACAAGUCACGGUUUAUUGCCCUCUUUUCGCCCCCUUUCGGAAGUGAAGGUCCCGGGGCCCGUUUAAUUGCAAAAUAACCAAAAGCAGCGUUACAUAAAAGCUGGAGCCUCCAGCGUUCACGAGUUCAGUCAUUUUUGGCCGUUUUUUCCUCCAUCUCUGUCUCGAUCGAUUCUUGAAGGCAAGGCUGAACAAGGCAACGCUGGAUUAUAUACCGGUGUUGUAGAAGAGCCGCCUGACAAGAUACCAGGCAAUGACCGCAACCAGAACGUUGAACCGAAGACUCCAUUUCACCGGAGCGGCUAAUUCAGUUCCGGGAUGUCUUGUUUAUUUAUUUGGGCCCCGAAUCAACGCCGGGGACCGGACCCACAUUGCUCACAAUCAUUCCAAGCACGGCCCACACCCGAAGCGAAUUCCGAGCUCCACAAGUCCGGCUCUGUUCCCGUCUCGGACUUUUCAGGACGAAAAAACGUGAUUUGAAUCAAAUUGCGCCAAAAUUUGACAAGAGCACCACGCACACGGCGCCAAAUUCCCCAAACCGGCAGUUUUAAAUUGAAACUUUGGACAAACUCUUCAGUAAAUCAUUUACCAACAUUGUAGCUCGUGUUUUUAAUAACUAUCGGUACUUUGACGAGCUCAAAUUAAAUUUUUUUUAAGGAAAAAGGAAAAUACGGGAUUCAGGGUCACAAACAAAAAAACGUGUGUCAAGACUUGAAUGCAUUUAUUUUGCAAAAAAAAAAUGUUGAAGUGUUCUAACAACAUUCUAAUGUAGUUGAUAAUACAUCUGUGGCCUGUAAAACAAUAAUGACUAAAAGAUUAAUUAAAAUUUCAAAUUGACCGUGAUGGCGGCAGUGGCGCCCUCAAACAGUCAUUUGUCAAUUGGCGUUUUAAAUAAUUUAAUUCCGUUUUUAAAUGAUUAAGGGCCCCAUGGACGAGAUCGAGUGGAACGUGGCGCACGAGGGGCAGCUCCUGGAGGCCAUGGUGGGGCACAAGCCCGUCGGCGUCAAUAAGUACUUCCAAAUGGCGUGCAUCUGUGACAAGUUCGCUGAUAGUUGCCAGAAGGAGAUCAACUCGGACAAGGUGUGGGCCCACCUCGAGACAAUGUACAAUUUGGAAGCUUUGGAUGAGAGUGAGUCGAUUCCGUUCCCGAAUAGUGAGAAAGAGUUCACACUUCCCGAUUCCGACUUCGGUUCCCUCAUUGUGAAGAAGGAAGAGGACAAGAAAUUGGCGCAGAAAGGGCGCGAAACGCCCAAGUCGCUCAAGGAAUUGCGAAAAGAUGAAAAGACUCCUGUGAGGAGCAGUAAGGAGGUGCCAAGGCGUGAUAGUAAAGACAGUAAGGACAAAACCCCAGUGAGUGCGAAAAAAGAAAUCAAGAAAGAGGCUGAAAAGAGUAAAAGUAAAGGUAAGAGUAAUAGUAGUACACCAAGGGAGGAAAACAAGGCAAAAGCGAAAAGUGACGACACACCAAAACUGACGAAGCGCCCUACUAGAGGCAGCUCUAAACCUGACGAUUCCAGUUCGAGUGGUAAAUCUAGUCCAAUCACAGUCACACCACCAGUGACAAAAAGGCGACGCAUUUAGUUUCUUUCUCACUUUAUUAAAAUUAAUAAAAAGUGCCUCAAUAAAUUACGUAAAACACGAUGCAACUCGGAGCAACAUCACCUCUCAAGGCGGCAGAAAAACGCAUGUUUCGAUUCGCUUGUCUCGCGUAAAUACUUAUCAUAAAAAUUCAAAACGACUGCUUCCACCUUAAAACCGAACUUUUGGUACAAAAACAAGGCCGGGUUGUUGAUGGACACGUGUAGUGUGAUAUCUUUGCCGAGACUUGUCUGAAAUAAUUAAUUAACCAACUAGUUUAAUAAAAAUCGACUUUUCAAUUACUUGGAUUAAGUGAUACAACAUGAACUUUCCAAUCCCGACGUUUCGCCAUCCUGGCCGUGUAAAAAUAAAAGAGACGUAAUUUUCGGUGUAUUUAACAUUGGGGACGAGGAACGCAAACGCCACUAUUAAUUUUUUGUACAAAACUACGCAACUAAAAUCCGGAUAUUGCAAACUUUCAGUUACUGCAACAAAAAAUUAAAUUGUGUUGUAACAUUUCGGACACUUACGAUCGAUUCCUGGCCAAAAAAAGUUGUUGCAGAGACUGUUAAUGGCAGGUAUGUGCUCAGGUUGGACGUAGGUGUAGUCAAUAGGGGCCCUUGGAGGUAGAACGUAAUUUUGUGUUUUUUCGUUUGCUUUCAUUUGUAUCUCGGCCAUUAGGCGUAGCCAGGAUGGAUAAGUUUCUGUAUCUCUUCGUAUGUAAGGUUUUAAAUAAAUGCUGCUGUAAGGUGAGAGAA